AUGGCCCAUUUAAGUGAAGAAAAAUCGGCCGAGCAAAAAUUAACAACAACUAACAAUGUAGAAUACGAAACUAAGGCAUACAAAAAACGUUGGUACAUUUUGGCUGUGUUUAUUUGGUAUUCGGGAAUUAACGCCUACCAAUGGGUGGAGUAUACUAUUGUUAACGAUUUAGUGGCCAAAUAUUAUGGUGUGUCAUCGAUUGCAGUGGAUUGGACAGCAAUUAUAUUUAUGUUUUUGUAUCCGUUUUUUGUGGUCCCAGCAUCGUAUAUCAUCGACAAAAAGGGUUUAAAAGCGGCAGGACUAAUAGGAUGCAUCGGCACAGCUGUAGGAACGUGGGUGAAAAUAUUUUCGGUUCGAGAAGACUUGUUCUGGGUCGUGAUGAUAGGCCAGGCCAUUGUCUCAGCAUCACAAAUUAUAAUCUUGUGUCUACCACCAAAAAUUGCUGCCGUGUGGUUCAAACCUAACGAGGCGUCCACUGCUUGUGCUCUUGGAGUUUUCGGUACACAGUUGGGCACAGCUGUAGGUUAUAUUUUGACACCUCUAAUUGUGCCAGUAUCAGAUGAUCCUGAAAUUGUUGCAUCAGGAUUGAAAACUAUGUGCUGGUCAUUGUCUGCGUCCAUAAUACCAGCUGUUAUUGCAGUUAUAUUUUAUUUUCCGUCGUAUCCACCCAAAGCCCCCAGUGUAGCACAAGCAAAGGAACGGUUUGAGAAACCCAAGUUUAAUACCAAGUCCUUCUUUAAGUCGAUGAGUGACUUAUUCUAUAACAAGGGUUUCGUUAUACAUAUGGUUGGAUAUUCAAUUAGUAUUGCGGUUUUCUCUGGAAUUGGCACUCUUCUGUCCCAAUUUAUUAUUUUCUAUUUUCCAGAUCAAAGAGAGUUGGCAGGAGCUAUGGGAUUCACGAUUGUUGUUGCGGGUAUGGUCGGGUCUAUUUCUUUUGGAGUAAUCUUGGACAAAACUAAGAAAUAUAAGGAAACUACUUUUGUAAUAUAUUUAUUGUCAGCCUUCAGUGUGAUAGCAUUCAUGUACGCCUUAGAGUUCCAAUCAAAAUAUUUCACAUAUGCAAGUUGUGCGUUUUUAGGUGUAUUUACUAGUGCAUAUUGGUCGGUUGGUUUUGAACUAGCUGUUGAAUUGACCUAUCCAAGUGAGGAGAGUACUACGACUGGUAUUUUAUUUGCCAUGACUCAAUUGGCUGGAUUCUUAACGACAGCGGCCUUGGGCUACUUAAAUCAAUGGUUUGGGCCAUAUUGGUCAUUAGCUAGCCAAGCAGCGCUUUUGUUCAUUGGAACGGUUGUAACAGGUUUUAUUCCCAACGAUCUCAGACGACAAGCGGCCUUUGCUGCUGAGAAGAAGGCAAAGUUUGAACCAAUACCUCUGAUGGAGAAAGUGUGAUAAUAUUGUAUGUAUGUAUAUAUUUGAUACUUUUUGCGUAUUAAAUUUGUUUUAAUAUUAUGA